AUGCUGGUCCUGAGCGUCUUGGCAGCACGAUUUCCGAACAGCUUUGAUGAAGACGUGGUCAGCCUCACUCAAGCUGAUAGCGAUUUCAAAGGCUACGGGGGUCUUUGUUCUCCGGAGACAAAGGAAAAGUCGUUCCUGCCCGUAUCUGGUUUGCGUCCACGAGAGCAGCUGCCAAAGGGCCUGCUGGACUACGCGCUUUUCUUGCAGGUGCCGUACGGCUCAUCAGACGAGUUCGAGUUGUCAAGCGAGACUGUCAUCGAGCAAUCCUUGACGUUCCUUCCUCAGUCUCAGCAUUUGGAAACUUUUGGUCCGGACGAGAACCCGGUGGAGUUUGUCAUGAAUCAGCUGUCCUCAAUAUACCCGCCGAUCUACCAGGAGUGGUCGGACAAGUUGAGCGACACGGCCUUGGUCCGCUUUUGCCUCCACGGCCUGGGUGCACACCGUUUGGGCGUGGAGAUGCGAGAUGGAAAGAAGCUAUUCGUUGUGAAGACCAACGCUCUGUCUGGCCUUCCUGUGCGGGAAGGCUUCGAGAGAUACGGUGGUGACAUGUACUUUGACAAAGACUGGAAGCCGGUGAUGAUCAUCGAUGCAGGCCAAGGCCCGCUGCGACAAGAUGGAAUUCAAGAGAUGGUGACGACGAAGCCUGGAGAUGCAGGCUGGGAGCGAGCUAAGUUCCGAUUUCGCUCCUCCGUUUUCACUCUGGUCACCUUGGUGGAUCACCUAUACGAUGUCCAUCUCCAGAAGUCGAACCUAUUUGUCACCGCGAUGAGAGAGCAGAUGUCUUCUGACCAUCCGGUACGACGAUUCAUGACGCCGUUCAUGUACCGCACGAUCACCGUGAAUGACAACGCUUUCCACAAUCUGCUGACAAAGAACGGCAUGGCUCCGCGCUGCUUUGCGUUCACGGAAAAUGGCUUCGGGCUUGCGGUGGCAGCCGGCCCAUCCCUUUUGCUCGAUGGAACAGAAGUUCCUGCAGAUGCCGGUGGCCCGAUUCUGUUUCGCGCAGACUAUGUGGACUACCUGAAGAGUAAAGGUAUCGACACCGCUUACUGGAGACAAGUAUCCCAACUUUUCCAACUCUACUUGCGUUUCGUCCUUGCCUACUUGGAGUGCUACUAUCCCAAGAAGGAGGAUUUCGCGAAUGAUCCUGAAAUGCUGGCUGUGGUCAGACAAUACUUCUACCAGCUGGAGACGGCUGGGCCAAACACACUAAGCCAGAAAGUAGACUUCACAAUGCCGCAAUCCAGCGGCAAAAUCGACGAGAAGUACAUGUUCUAUGCCAUGUUCUUGGCCGAGAUCAUGUUCUGGGUAACCGCUGGCCAUGAGCAAGCAGGUGCAGUGGAGGUCUAUGCGCAGGAUGCAUCGUGGUGUGCCUUUCGGUGGGUUGAUGGAGCCACUGUGGGAACCAAACAGUCUGCGACCGCUACGGCCUUGCUCAUGUCGUUCACCAGUCAGCCGAUGCCGAAGCUCUUGGACGAUGAUUGGACGCAUCUGUUCCCGACUCCACCCGCGAAUUCUGGCAAAAGUCCAACUGCCGCCUUUCAGAAGUUCCAAGAAGAGCUGCGGGUCAUGGCUGACGAGUGUGAUGCCUACAAUGCUGCCUCCUCCUCGCGGCCCUUCCCAGAAAACUUCCCGAUGUACGUCAACAACCCGAGGAUCUUGGAGGUCAGCGUCAGCCUCUGA